AUUCUAUUGAUAAUAAAUAUAAAAAAGAACAGUUAAUUAAAAAUUAUGGAAUAAAAGGAACUAGCAAACUUCUUGAGAUAAAAGCAUUAAAAUUUCCUUGGUCUUUUCCUAUUGAUAUAAUGCAUUUUUUUUUCAAAAAUAUUGCACCUUUAAUGUUUGCUUAUUGGUCACAAAAAUUUUUUAAAAAUAAUUCUGAAGAUUCAAAUAUAUAUAAAAUAAAUAAUAGUAUAUGGGAAGAAAUUGGAAAUAAAAUGAAAGAAAUUUCAAAAAAUAUGCCUUUAGAUAUAGGUAGAUUACCUCAAAAUAUAUAUAAACACUAUGUAGGCUUUAAAGCAGUUGAAUGGCGAAAUUGGAUAACACUUUUUUCUUUACCUUUAUUAAAUGGAAAAUUAGAUAAAAGAUAUUUAUUAAGAUGGAAUAAAUUUGUAAAAGCUGUAGAAUUAUGUUUACAGUAUAUUUAUAUUAAUAAUGAUUUAAAUGAAAUUUCAGAUUUAUUAAAUGAGUUUUAUUUUCAUUAUGAAAAGUAA